CUCUGAGUUACUCAGCGCAACACAAAACAUAAACAAGAAGUAAAUAAUAAAUACAAAUCAAUAGAUUUCUUUUCAACGUCGACUUUAACCGCGGAACUGCUGCUCUGAAAUGGAUUUUCGCAUCCGACAAUAUUUAUCAAAAGCUCAGGAGAAAAGAGAUGCUGUGUUUGUGAGGAAAGCGUAUGAUCUGAUCCGAGCUCCAGCUCCAGCAGCGUCUGAUGGAAGAUCUCUGUCUGAUCUCUGUGUGCUGUGUGCUGAACAAUCUCUACAGCUGGGCUGUUGGGAGAUCACACAGGACUGUUUGAUGAUGUACUUGGAAGGGAAACCUCCAGUCAAUCAGUUCCUGUGUCGAGCGUAUCUGUGCCAGGGUCAGCUCAUCUCCUCACGCUCCAUUAACACAGUGGAGGACUUGGAUAAGGCUGUGAUGUACUAUCUGAAGGCCAUUGAGAUUGCCAAAGACAAGUCCAGAUAUCAUUUCCUGGUGUUCAACGCCUCGCUGCUGUAUCUGCAGUCUGUCAGACGGUUCCUGAGGCCUGGACAGAGACGGCUCCAUGGUUUCUUCUCUCACGCAGGUCCUCGAGGCUCUAGAGGAGGUUCAGGAUCCUGAUCACACAUGGAGAGCUGAGCUGAUGCUACACCUUGUUGAAUGUCUUCUCGAUGCUGGGAAGCAGAAGGAAGCAGCUGCUUUGGCCAAAGUCAUCUCUGAUUUUCUACAGGCACAUAAACCAGAGCUUUAUCCCCGGCUUUUCUCCAUACAGGUUCGAAACAACCUCAUGGAUGUCUCUGAAAUGCUGAAAGAUGGAAACUCUAAGUUGCUCGUGAUGUACAAGAUCCAGAAGCUUAAACA